UCUCCCCCAAUCACCCGAUCCACUCAAUCCCCUCAUCCACAUCAUGUACAUAUUCCUAGUCACUUCCUGACCUGCUUGCCCCUGGCGAUGCGAUACCUUUUCAUGUUUGUAUACUGCUUCUUGCCUGAUAUCGACUCUUAGCAUCAUGUUAGCGCAGGUCCUUCUUGCUUCUGUGGCAAUCGCCAAUGUUGCGACUGCAUCAUUACAGAUUGUUCCGGGCGCGACAUGGACUGCCGCGGGGACAAACCAGCAUAUUCAAGCUCAUGGAGGUGGCAUUAUUGAAGUGGACGACACGUACUACUGGGCCGGAGAGAACCACCUAAACGGAAGCGCCUUCCAGUCCAUCAACUGUUACUCCAGCACUAACUUGGUCGAGUGGACGUUUGAGGGUGAAUUGCUCUCCUUGCAGAGCAGUGGAGACCUGGGCCCCGACCGUGUCGUGGAGCGGCCUAAGAUCAUCUACAACGAUGACACCUCCACGUAUGUGAUGUGGAUGCACAUUGACGAUAGCUCCUAUGGCGAGGCGAAAACGGGGGUAGCCACCUCCUCAAGCGUCUGCGGGCAGUACGAUUAUCUUGGUUCUUUCCAGCCGCUGGGCCAUCAGUCGCGCGAUAUUGGUCUGUACAAAGAUGACAACGGAACGGCCUAUUUGCUUUCUGAGGAUCGUCCGAACGGCUUGCGGAUUGACAGAUUGACUGACGACUACCUCAAUGUAACUUAUACUACUCAUCUGUUCCCAGAGCAUUACGAGGCACCGGCCAUCUAUAAGCAGGAUGGGGUCUAUUUCAUGUUCGGUUCGCAAUUGACUGGAUGGUCUGCCAAUGAUAACAAGUACACCAGUUCCACAGACCUCAAUGGCACAUGGAGUGAUUGGAGUGACUUUGCAACGGCGGGGACGGACACCUAUGACUCCCAGACCACCUUUGUGAUGCAGGUUGGGAAGAGCGUGAUGUACAUGGGUGACCGCUGGGUCUCAUCGAAUCUGAUGGCUUCGACAUACAUUUGGCUACCCUUGACAUUGAGUGGGACCAACGCGACCUUGGUUGAUAGCUCCAACUGGAUCCCCUCCGCAGAUGGCACCUGGUCGUCCGGGGGCGACGAAACCGACCCCGAAGCUGAAGCAUCCACCAGCGUCCUGUCCAACGGAGCGAAGGUUAUCUCGUGCAGCGGCUGCUCGGGCGACGAGUCUGUUGGCUGGAUUGGAGGGUCCGACAAUGGGACUCUUGAGAUGCGUAACAUCUCCAGUGACGCGUCGACCACAACCACCAUUCAGGUGCGGUAUGAGAACGGGGAUUCUACCCAGCGCUACGCCACCGUUACAGUGAACGGCAAGUCGCAGAUUUUGGCAUUCCUGCCGUCCGAUAAUGGAAACACGCCGGCCACGUCGGUGCUGAACGCCCAACUAGAGAGCGGCGAUGACAAUAUCAUCACCUUCAGCGCCUAUGAGGAGGAAUACGGUCCUGAUAUCGAUCGGUUGCUUGUGCCCGAGGAGUAAAUUACUUCUGGACAGCUUGAGUGAUGAAAAUGGAUACGGAGGGGAGAGGGGUUUCAGAUGCAGGACAGCAGACCAGCAGACCAGCAGAACAAUUUUUGAAGUACAUAAGAAAUUGCUGCGCUAUGGAUCUUAUAA